AUGGACAUGUAUAUACGCAUCAUGUAACUAAUAUUACAACCAUAUGGGCAAAAAUAAGUGAAGAAUAAAGAAGAACAUUUUUUUCAUUCGAGACAUCACGUCCGAGAAAAUCGAGUUUUGAAAAUUUGUCAAGCAUACCUGAGUUUGGCUUAUGUUGGAUUGAUAAGAAAUUAUUCCGUGCAUGAAAUAAGCAAACAAACUUUCAAGUUAUAGCUUCAAUUUAUACGUGUAUUAAAUCAAUCUUUAAACAAACAUAUUCAAUGGUCCUUUAACUUUUUAAAACACACACACAUACACAUAUAUAUAUGAUAUAAUUUUAAGUAACAUUUUCUAUAAAAAGUAUUGACUUUACAGUAUCAGUCAGAUAUGCUGACGAGAAAGAAGUACGAAAAGCAGAUGGAAUGUUCUCCUGGCUAAAGGAUAUCUUCAAAUCAGGUGAUAAAUCAAAAUUUUCUUCUAAUCAAAAUCUCACUUGAGCCACUUAUUUGUCAAACUGAUCAACUUUCCACGAAAUAAAAAUAAGAGGCGUGACUAAGAUAGCGUAUGCAUCCUUUUUUAAAUUUAAAUUCAAAUAAACAUUGUAGAAUGUUUACCAUUACAAGCGUAGCUUUUAUUUGACAACAUACAAAAUGCAUGAAAUUGAAUAUCCUUAGAACAAUUACAUCGGCUUCUGAAAUUAAUUUAUUUAUUAUUCUGCAGCCAAAAGAAUUUUUCUCGUUUAAUAGUGUUAAACUUAAUUAUUGAGCAAAUUUAUUUUAAACAUAAAAAGUUAACUAUAAAUCAAGUGCUUCAGCGCUAAAAACUGGAGUUAAUCACUUUGACUGGCGCGAUAAGUGGGUCACAGGUUACUUUAAAUAUAAAUCACUUAUCGGACGUUUUCAAAACCACAUACACUCGAAAGUAAUAGUCGGGAUAGUCAGCGCUAAUGUAACGCUUUGUAGACUAUAGGAUCGACGAAGCAGUAAGCGCGAUCAGACACGAUGCGACAUUGCCCGAGUGUUCGAGGGCUAAACAAAUGACAAUUAAUUUCGAACUCGAGGACAUGGACAAUCGAGAGAUCGAUGCCAUCGAAAAGUCGUGCAAAGAUCCACGUCUUCGUGAGUCUUCGACAGAGAUCGUCGAAAAUCGAACAAACGUCGACAAUGGUAAUUCAACUUCGGAGUUAAAACUCGAUGAAGGGACGAACAAAGACAGAGAAUCUGACUCUACUUGGGCAGUAUGGAACGACGUUGUCGGCAAACCAAAACGGAAUUAUCAAUCGCCUUUCACGCGUCACGAUCAUCUAACCUUGACCGAUCUUCUGAGUUGCCCGAACCGAAGGAUCGUGAGCUACGCUCCUAGGAAUACGAAGCCGCCCAUUAAAGAGCCGAACAUGCCGGAGAAACGGGAGAAGAAGGACGAUAAGAAGGACAAGAAAAAAAAGAAGCCGGUGAUACGCAUGGAGAGCGGAUCCUACGAGAACGAAGGCAACGCAGGAGUCACGAACCUGCACGAUAACAUGGACGUGAACUUCCAAUGGCGCAUGCGAUUCCCUGAGGAAUCGGACACGAGUCAUCAGUCGGAGUUGAAGGAGAAUUGGAGCAAAGAUACGCGCCAAAUGGAGAACAUGAAUUCCGUGGUUGGAGACUCGAAUUGUUCGAAUGAUCAAGACGUGAAGAACACUGUCCAAGCAAUGAGGAACUUGCAGUUGAUGAUGAGCUCCGCGAAAGAUACCGAGAAGAAGAAAGAUGAUAUUGCGGGAUUAUCUGACGAGAUGACGAACAAACCUUCGGAAACGACUUCGACAGACCCGUUGAAGAAUAUCAAUGAAACAGCGAACCUGGACUCUCUAAAGAAGAUACUGAAAACGUCCCCGACGUUGAUGAAGGAAACCAGUGUCGAUGAAGAUUACAACGUUCCCAACAAUGCGGACUUCGACGCGGAGAUCAACGCGUGGAAGGAUCUCGUUUUGAAGUCCAAGGUGCCUCUGGAUCCCUCCAAGGAGGACUUUCUCAAUUCGGAAAGACGUUCGGAGAUGUUGUCGAUCAAGCCGGAACCUCCUGAGCCUAAAUUGGACGUGCAGGCUGUGCCAAGUUCCAGCGACGAGGCCGCGGCUGAGGAAGAAGACGCGGAGCACGCCAGAGAAUUCAAAGGCAACGUGAUGAACGUGAAAAGAACCAGCAAUCCCACCGACUUUCAGAAGGUCGACAGCAAGAAACUGCAUACCGGACCAUCUUGCUUCUCGAGGACAAAAUCGAGAUCGUCUGGUUUCUCGUGGAUUCUCAACUCGUUGGACGUGAACGACGUGAACUUGAAGUCGUCGGAUUUCUCGACGGAUGCCGAAAGUGGCUGGGGAAACUUCCAGCAGACUGUUUCGAGAGGAACGAGUGGAAUUAAUCGAGAACAAUUGAAAAACGAGCAACAGAAUAAUCUCGUGAAGGGUGAGGGCGUGGAGGAGAAUGUCGCGAACAUAGAAAACCCGAACGAGAACGUUGUGGUUUCGGAACGGCAACAAGAAACGAGGAAUUUCGAAUCGCAGGAACAAUCGGACAGGCAGUUCGCGGAUAGUUUAAAUACUGUGGCCGAAAAGGAAAUUGAAUCUUUUGAUUCUUUGAAUCGGGAUACGAAGAUUUACGAGGAUUCUGUGCCCGCGUCUUCUCAGAGAGAUUCGAGAAAGUACGAAACUGAUGAAUACUUGAAGUCUCAGACAGAUAAUUAUCAGUUGAAUUUUGAUUAUGCCAAUCCGUACGAGGACGACUUCUAUCCCAGUUACGAGUCGUUAGAAUCGACGGCAGAACAAUCUUUAGAACGCAACGAAAAAUCAUCCGUUGCAAGCGAACAACAGCAAAUUAGCAACAGCAAAGAAAUGAAAUUUCUCAAUGAAAUGGAACAACCGGAAAACAGAGGAGAGCAUACCACAGACGAUAAUUAUAUAAGGGUACCCGGUGAUCCUUAUCCAUACAGUCGAGAACACUUCAAUAAAUGGCGUUGGCAUGAGAAUUAUGAUAUCGGUCCUCCAAAAACUGCGCAAACAGAGGAGGUUUCGAAUUCGCCGAUCGACAACUCUAACACAAGCGUAGAAGUCGAUACUCAGCAGCCUACUCGAAAAAUGUCUUAUCUGUUUCGAAUAGAGCCUGCAAAACUGAACGAUCCACCCAGUGAAGAUCCAUCGAGUUCAUCGGACUCGAUAAUUCUCGAGAAUUCAGCGAAUCCUCCGAGCGAUGGAGGCUCCUUGGUUGGAAAUGGCGAGAUAGGCACCGAUCUCGGUGAAACAGAAGAUUCGAAGAAAAUUAACAAGAAGAAAGAAGAAUACGAGCACGUUGAAACUAUUCAUCCAGAAAUUCACACUCAAUCCAGCGCGCACAUUCCUAAAAAAGACGUGAAAAAGACGGUAAAGAAAGAGGAUAUCGAAAGGAUAUACGAACAGAAAAAUUAUGCUUACCUCCGACCGGAGGAGAUGAAAAACUUGCGGUUGGUUUCGAAACCAAUACCUGAAGACACAGAUCCAGACACACAUCUUCAAAAAUCCGGAAAAAAGAAAUAA